AUGGGCAGGGCGACGGGUCAUGACCCCCCUCAACACUAUAAUGACCAUAAGCCUCCCUUGAGGAAUUCCCCCAGCGCUAGGGAGGCCACUCACAGACGAACACCACCACACGACAGAACAGGCCACACACGAAGAGAGGCCCCGCACCCACCCAUGACUGCCGAGCGCACUAGGAUACACUACCCGCAACUCCAUGCCUCAACCAUAUGGCCCUAUGUUACCACCUACACGGCCCAAGAGGUAGCCGGCAGGAUACCGAACUCAGGCAGGUGUCCGGAAGACCAUUUACUCGAUCCUGACGACUUGGUCAUUGGAGAGACGAUUGGGGGACACUUCUACAAUCUGCUCCCCAGUAUCUCACAAUAG